CAGGACAUUUUCUUGUAGACCAGUCCGGCAGCUGCUGCAGCAAUAGGUUCCCUGGCCGUGUAGUGACGUCAGGAAGGGCGGCCAUUUUCCCCUGGUCUGAGCUCCGCCUUCCUUCUAUCAUUCCCACAGGGCUGCAGGAGCAGAGAGCAGCCAUUACUGUGUCUGGGAGCUGCGAUGGCGUCUGCUGAUCUGAGACAGGAGCUGGUCUGUUUCAUCUGUCUGAGCAUGUAUACAGAUCCUGUAACCCUGAGAUGUGGCCACAACUUCUGCCGGGUCUGUAUUGAUCGUGUGCUGGAGACACAGGAGGGGGCUGGAGCUUAUUCCUGUCCUGAAUGCAGAGCAGAGUCUCGGGAGCGUCCUGCACUGUGGAGGAACACAACGCUGUGCAACAUAGUGGGGAGAUUCACAUCUACUCAGCCAGAUCAGGAGACUGGGAUCUCCUGCACUUACUGUAUUCACGCUCCUGUACCUGCUGCUAAAUCCUGCCUCCAUUGUGAGGCUCACCUCUGUGAUAAUCACCUGAUAGCACACAGCAAGUCCCUACAACACAUUUUAUCAGAUCCCACCACUUCCCUGGGUAACGGGAAAUGCUCCAUCCAUAGAAGGAUCUUAGAGUAUUACUGCACUGAGGAUGAUGCCUGUAUCUGUGUGUACUGCUCAGCCGGAGAACACAGGGGACACCAGGUAAAGUCUCUGGAUGAGGCCUCUGAGAAGAAGAAAGAGAAUCUGAGAGAUGUUCUACAGAAACUGUCCACAAGGAGAGCGGAGACUGAGAAAAGAGUCCAGAGUUUGCAGGAGCGCAGGAGAGAAGAACAAGGAAAAGCAGCGGGAGUAACAGAGACAGUCAUUGUCCUAAUUAGAGACAUCAAGAGACAGCUGAAAGACCUGGAGAAGAGAGUCCUUGGUGAGAUCUCCAGGCAGGAAGAGCGCGGUUCACUCUCAGUCUCUGAUCUGAUCCAGCAGCUGGAAAUAAAGGAGGAGGAGCUGUCCAGGAAGAUGCGUCACAUUGAGGAGCUGUGUAACAUGUCUGAUCCAAUGACUGUCUUACAGGAACCAGACACAGGGGACUUGUGUACUAUUGAGAACAGAAAGAGACGUCAUACACAGGUCCAUGCCACAGGAGAUCUGGAUGUGGGUCCCAUCUCAGGGACAUUACACACAUUAUCUGAUAUAAUAGCAGGUAUAAAUACAGGGAUCUAUGAGCAGGGAUCUGCAGUCAUAUUACUGGAUGUACAGGAAGCUACAGACCUAUUACUGGAUGUAACCACAGCUGGUUAUCAUUUACAGAUAUCAGAUGACAGGAAAACUCUUUCCUGGUCAGAUAUAAACCAGAAUCAUCCAGAAACACCAAAGAGAUUUGAGUGUAAUCAGGUACUAAGCACCAGGGGAUUCUCCUCAGGGCGACAUUAUUGGGAGGUGGAUGUCAGUAAAUCACAGCGGUGGAAGGUGGGGAUGUGUUAUUCCAGUAUAGACAGGACGGGAUGCCAGUCAUACACUGGAUUUAAUAAGAAGUCCUGGUGUCUGUGUAGAUGGUAUAAUAAUCAGUACACCGUCUUACAUGACAGUGCAGGGAUCCGAUUAGCUGAUAAUAUCCACUGUGAUCGAGUAAGGAUCUAUCUGGAUUAUGAGGCGGGACAACUGUCCUUUUAUUCUCUGUGUGACCGAGUCAGACGCUUACACACAGUCACUACCGCUCUCACUGAGCCCCUCCAUGCUGCAUUAUGUGCAUGGGACGGGUGUCUUACUAUAACGGGGGGAGUCGGGAGCUGGAAGAGAUCACCAUAAGUAAUCUGCCCAGCGACUGGUGACAUCACAGGAAGGGAAAUCUAGUUUAUUUCAUAUAGAAAUUCUGAUAUGAAGCUGUUAAACCGUUUUCUUAUAAUUCCUGAUAUUACACUAGUGUUCAUUCUAGCACCCUGCACCUGUCACAGCCCGUGCAGUUAUUCUUUCCUGAUUGGGGUGUUGCUCUCUUCUCUGGUGCUUUUAGCACACACUCAGUGUUGAAAUACAGACCAGAGUGUGCUAAAAGCACCAGAGCAGAGAGUGACACCCCAGUCAGGGAAGAAGGACUGCGCGGGUUGUGACAGGUACAGGGGGCUAGAAUGAACACUAUUAUACUGCAUUGUUAUUGAGUUGUCAUUAUGUUUGUUAUUGCACUGUUAUGGGGUACAUUAUUACCUCUGAAUAUGCUUUGUUAUUAUACUUUUACCGAUUGCAUUAUCACAUAUGUACGUAUAUGCUUUCAAUUCAUGUAAGCAAUAAAACACCCAGUUCUGUAA